UUUAUGUUACUCCAUUCGCAGAACAUGUGCUGUUGUUCAGAAAUCAGAAUUCGUUGUUUUGUUCUGUUUCAGUUCAGAUUCAGGUUUACUUGAACAAGUAUCGGAAUCUUUGUAAGCUAAGUUUCUACUUGUUUUCUGAAAUUCACGCUCUUAUUAGCCCAAGCUGAAAUAUGGAAGAAAACAAGCAGGAACCUUACAAGCAGGGUCCAAACGCUUUUGACAUAACUCCUAACCAAGAUGGCGGUGUUCUGAAAGAGAUUAUCAAAGAAGGUGUUGGAGAGUACACACCUCAGAGCGGCUGUAACGUGAAAGUUCACUAUGUUGGAUCGUUGACUGAUGGUACCAGAUUUGACUCGAGCAGAAAACGAGAUGAACCGUUCUCUUUUGUACUUGGAAAGGGGUCAGUGAUCAAAGCAUGGGACAUUGGAGUGGCUACAAUGAAGAAGGGAGAGAUGUGUGUGUUGACAUGUAAAUCUGAGUAUGCUUAUGGAAAGAGCGGCAGUCCCCCCACCAUACCUCCUGAUGCUACACUCAUUUUUGAGAUUGAAAUGUUGGAUUGGGAAGUUGAGGAUCUGAGCUCGAAGAAAGAUGGCGGAAUUCUUAGAACAAUCAUCACUCCUGGACAAGGAUUUUCUUCCCCCAAUCAGGGAGCGGAUGUCAAAAUUCACAUAACGUGUGAGUGCAACGGUAAAGUGGUCGACGACAGAACUGUUAACUUCGCGUUGGGUGAAGGAGUCAUCUCGAACAUUCCGUCGGGUGUGGAGCGGGCCUUGGAAAAGUUCAAACUGAAGGAGAAGUCUAAACUGGAGCUGUCGCCCAAGUACGCGUGGGGCUCUGUCGGCCUGCCUGCGCUUUCUAUUCCACCCGACUCCAAACUCACCUGUGUCGUUGAGCUACAAUCGUUCGAGAAGGUGUUGGAGCAUUACGAAAUGAACAAAGACCAGCGAAUUGAGUAUGCAGAGACUUUGAAAUCGAAAGGAGCCACGUAUUUCAAGGAUGGACGGUAUCAGAUUGCUCUGAAAAUGUUCCGUAAAGCUGUCGAAUUCAUCGAAACCCCAGAAGAGGAGGAUGUAGAAGUGAAGGACGUGGAUCCGACGAAUGUUAGCAACGCGCAGAAGCAGAAGAAACUUCUGGAGGCGAUUCACCUGAAUACGUCGUUGUGCUACCUCAAAGUGGGCGAACACCUUAAAGCCAAGGAUGAGUGCGACAAAGCUAUCAAACUGAAGCUGGAGGCCAACGAGAAGGCCUAUUUCAGGCGGGGACAGGCAUACUUGGGACUAGGUGAGCCGGAAAAAGCACGUCUAGACUUCGAGGAGACGCUAAAAAUCGAUCCAAAUAACAAAGCAGCGGCCGCCCAAAUUAGUGUUUGCGCUCAGAAACUGAAAGAACAGAAAGCUAAAGAAAAGAAAAUCUAUGCCAACAUGUUUGAGAAGUUUGCACAGCGAGACAAGGAGGCUGAGAAAAGAAGGAAGGGAUGGAGAUUCGGUUGGUGGGACGACCAACAGAAAACUGUUAAUCUUGAGAAAAUGUCGGCGAACGACGAGGAAGAAGAAGAGAGUGAGGACGAAUAUCAGAAGAAUUUGAAGUUGAAGAAGAAGUUCAUUGAGGAGAGAGCUAAAAUGCUAGAGGAAAAGAGAAAACUGAUUAUGGAACAGGGUGAGGGAGAGGGAAAUGCAGAUGGUGCGAAAGAAACGGAAGAUGGUAAAACAGAAGAAAACAUAUCAGAAAAUAACAAUACAGAAGGCUGUAACAAUGUUUCUGAAACAGAUAAGAAUGGAACUGAACUGAAUGAAACAACAAAAAACUCAACUUCAGAAAAAGAUCAACCUAUCAAUGAACCGCCCUUGGUGCAAUGACAUAAAUUGAAUAGAAGGAAGAGGAAGAGAGGAAGAAGCAACCAGAUGUGAUGAAAACUCUUGGCGAGUGGGGACAGGAUGAACGCGAAAGAGAACCGACGGACUUCGAGAAGGAGAAUCCCAACAUUCUGAUGCUGGAGGGAACGGGAGACUUCCGAAAUAUGUAGAACAUAUUUAUCUCUAUCUGCGGCACACUUUCAAUCAACUAUAGCAAUUUUCUAAACCAAAUAAUUUUGCAGUUUAAUAAAGUUCAUUCGAUCUCUUUGUUUAAUGCCAAUA